GUUGCACUCGCACCAGCAGCAGAAGGUAACACAGCCUCACAGUAAGACUAAACAGAGAGCAGGACACGAUGAAGAACACCUUUCUUUGUUCAGCCGUACUUGUGCUCCUGUCAACAGGUCUUUGCCACGGAUCCGGUGCGAUCACUGUCGAUUUCCUCCGUGGAGCGACAGGAGAGAGUGUGACCUUCACAACAUCUGUGAAACCUGCAGCUGAACCAUUUCUGGCUCUGACCUGGAGCUUCAACACAACCUUCAAUGUCAUCACUUCAACCAGUGUCGACAUUGUGGGACAGGGCUAUGAGAACCGGAUCAUCCUGGACAAAUCCACCGGUUCUCUGGUGCUGAGCAAUGUGACAGAAAAAGACAGUGGGGAAUAUGAACUCAUCAUCAUCCCACAUGGAGGAGAGCACAUUCAAGGAACUGUCAAGCUGGAAGUUCUGACCUCCGUGUCCAACCCCAGCAUAUCCUGCCCCACAGAGAACUUAAUAGAAGGUAAAAGCUCAGUGAAUAUCACCUGUGACGCUGACGGCCUGGUGUCCAGCACACUGUGGCUGAAAGACGGCAAACCUCUGGUCUCUGGAGAUAGAUUCAGCUUUCACCAUGGCAACAGAGUGUUGUCCAUCAGCCCCAUCGACAGGAAAGACACUGGACUGAUUCUCUGUAAUGUCAGCAACGCCAUCAGUUACCAAACAGCCGAGUGCAGACUUCAUGUCUACUACGGACCUGACAAACCAACAGUAACUCAGAAGCCCAGACGGGCAGAGAUGGAAGAGAAGGUCUCUCUCAGCUGCUUUGCAGAGUCGCUGCCAGAGGCCACUUUCUUCUGGACGUUCAGGAACAGGAAGAUCCCUGGACCUGUGGUUCACAUCAAAGAGAUGGAAGAGCAUCAUCUGGGGGCGUACACUUGCACCGCUCGUAACGCUGUGACCCACCAGGAAGCUUCUGAGGUCCACAGACUGCGUGACUCCUCUCCCAUUAUCAGUGGUUCUAUGUCCAUGAUGGUUUGCACUGUCCUGACCUCGGGGGCACUCAUGUUGAUCUAAACACUGCAUUGUGCCUCUGUGUUUAAAGCCAAGAAGGUUGUGUUUUCAUCGCCGUGGGUUUGUCUGUAAAUGUGUAUUUACAACCCCGUCCCAAGUGUGUUUCCUUUUAAAUUUUGGUAACAAUCUACCCACUGAUGACAUCAUGAAAAAUGAUCUCUUAUUAUACAAUGUAAAAAAAAUCAAAUCUCUCUCAAAAUGAAUCGUAUUUUAGAUUAUAUAACAUUUAAUAAGUUCAGAUGUGUAUAUUUAACAGUGCUCUGAGUGAGACACAUUGUAAGUGCUGACUGUUUUAGAAACAAAGGUUUCAUCUCUUUAAAUCUACAAUCUAUAUCUUAAGAAUUUGUCUGCAA